CCGCUCCGGGUCCCCGCGGGUGGAGCAGCGCGUGGGCGGGGCUCCCGUUGGUGGGGUUCCCGGGGCGGGGCGCGCAGAGUCCGCCGGCUGAUGCACAGUCCGGCUGGAGUCCGCCGGAGCCCAGCCUCGGUCCCGAGAUGACGGCGAACAAGCGGGUGGCGAAGGAGCUGGAGGACCUGCAGAAGAAGCUUCCCAGGUACCUGCGGAACCUGUUUAGCGAUGAUGCCAAUGUGCUCGUGUGGCACGCGCUCCUUCUGCCUGAGACGCCUCCCUACAACCUCAAGGCCUUCCACCUGCGCAUCUGCUUCCCCGAGGAGUAUCCGUUCAAGCCCCCGACGGUGACCUUCACAACCAGGAUCUACCACCCCAACGUGGACAGCAACGGCCGGGUGUGCCUGCCCAUCAUUAGCAAUGAGUACUGGAAGCCUUAUACCAAGACCUGCCAAGUCUUGGAGGCCCUCAAUGUGUUGGUGAACAAACCAGAGCCGGAGCAGCCUGUUCGGUUGGAGCUUGCUGACCUGCUGGCACAGGACCCGGAGCUGUUCAACAGGAAGGCUGAAGAGUUCACCCUCCAGUUUGGAGUGGACCGGCCCUCCUAACUCUGGCUCUGACCCGUCUCUGCACCAGAUCCUCUCUGUGUGAUGGAUGGACACACCUCACGGACUGGGGGCCAGAGUCCCUUUGUGGUCCAUUCCUGCUCAUUUCUUCCGUGUUUUCCUUUUGGUUGUUAGUCAUUCACUUGUCUGUGUGUGUGUGUGUGUGGCGGGGAGAAGGGGACUGGGGGUGGUAUGUGGUGUGUGGACCCACUGGCCACAGGCGUGCUAUUCCCACGCCCUUUCCAGCUUCCAGUCCAGGGGGAGCCACGGAGACCACGUGCUUGCCCAGCCAUUAAAGUCACAGGUGAACUGUG